CCUAUAGUCUUAUUCUAUACCUCCUGUCUUCUUCACGUCUUCACACUUCACUUUGUUGAAUCUCGAGAAAUUGGGGGAGAGGCGGAAUCGUAGAGAGAUCGGAAGAGAGGUUAGAGCAAUGGCGGCUAGGAUUUGGCUGGUAGUUUUGGUGGCGCUCGUCGCGGUGCUGAAUUUUUCGCCGGUGACGGCGACGGAGGUGGAAAAGGUGCUGACUUUGGACCACACGAAUUUUACGGAGGUCGUGUCCAAACACGACUUCAUCGUCGUUGAGUUUUACGCCCCUUGGUGUGGACACUGCAAGGCCCUUGCUCCAGAGUAUGAGAAGGCUGCCAAUGCUCUAAGCAGCAACGAUCCCCCAGUUGUUUUGGCAAAAAUUGAUGCAAGUGAAGAAGUAAAUAGGGAACUGGCCACUCAAUUUGAGAUUCAAGGCUUUCCUACUAUCAAAAUCCUAAGAAACGGGGGAAAAAGCACUCAAGAAUAUAAUGGGGGUCGUGAUGCUGAUGGUAUUGUUACAUACUUGAAGAGGCAACUUGGCCCUGCAUCUACUGAAAUCAAAUCAGCAGAAGAAGCUGCAAGUCUUAUUGAUGCAAAAAGCAUUUACGUUGUUGGAGUGUUUAGUGCUUUCUCGGGGGAGGAGUUUGAGAAUUACAAAGCCAUAUCUGAGAAGCUGCGAUCUGACUUUGAUUUUGGUCACACUCUUGAUGGUAAAUUUCUACCUCGUGGUGGAGCCGUUAGCAAGCCAACCCUUCGCGUGCUUAAGCCUUUUGAUGAACCGUUUGUGGAUUCAGAGGAUUUCAAUGUCGAUGCGUUGGAGAAAUUUAUUCAAGAAAACUCUAUUCCACUUGUGACUGUCUGGGAUAAGGAUCCCGCGAACCACCCUUAUCUUAAUAAAUUCUUCGAGAGCUCCAAUGAUAAGGCCAUGCUGUUAGUGAACUUCAGCAAAGAGCUCGACUCUUUCCAGCAGAAAUAUAAGGAUGUUGCAGCUCUUUACAAAGGGAAGGGCAUCAGUUUUCUGUUGGGUGAUGUCGAAUCCACUCAAAAUGUUUUCCAGUACUUUGGUCUGAAGGAGGAAAAUGCACCUCUACUGGUCAUACAGAAAUCCGGCGGAGAGAAAUACCUCAACGAGAAAAUCAAACCCGACCAGAUUGCACCGUGGAUCAAAGAUUUUGUGAGUGGACUAGUGAAGCCAUUUGUAAAAUCGGAGCCUAUUCCUGAAGUGAACGAUGAACCUGUCAAGGUGGUUGUCCGAGACAGCCUUGAUGACUUUGUUAUCAAGUCUGGAAAGAAUGUUUUGCUAGAAUUCUAUGCACCUUGGUGUGGACAUUGCAAGAAUCUGGCACCAAUCUUGGAAGAAGUGGCCAUCUCCUUCAAGGAUGAUCCGGAUGUCGUAAUUGCGAAAUUUGAUGCUACUGCAAACGACGUCCCCGGCGACUCCUUCGACGUCCAAGGCUUCCCUACCAUCUACUUCAGAUCUGCAAGUGGCAAAGUGGUGACAUACGACGGCAACAGAACAAAGGAAGACAUCAUCAGUUUCAUCGAAAAGAACAGGGACAAGCCGGAGCAGUCAACUUCUGCUGAACCGGAGUCUGUAGUUCCCGAAAAGGUCGAUGUAGACUCCGGCAAGGACGAGCUGUAGGAGGUUGAGGAUGAUGAUCUUGUAGAAUGCAGCAGCGAGAUUUUGAUUUACAGUAGCUGAAUUAGCUGUACCGUUGAACGUUUUGUCCAAUAAAUUGGGUAAAUUGCUUUACCCAGUAUUAGAGAUGAUCAUGUUCAUGAAUUACCGGAACAGCCAAUAAAAUAUAAUAUGAUAUAAAAUUUCCAUGGUUA